UAACCCGAUAAAUAAAAUAUCCUUACUCCCACAUAACUCCUCUACAUCACAACAACAAUGGGCUUUGAUGAUGAUGAUCCUCCAUUUUUUCAUCAUAAAAACAAAUAUGAUCUUAAUAGCAAGAUCAUGAUAUCAGCCAUCAUUUCAUUAUCUCUAGUUGUUUUCUUCGUUACUCUCCUCCAUAUUUACGCGAGGUACGUCCUUAGACGUCAGGCUCGACGUAGGGCAGAGCUUCAACGUGUUAGCAUCAUCACCAGCUCCGCCCUACAGAUAGAGCCACCAAAGACGGGGCUCGAUCCGUCCGUCAUAGCUUCGCUUCCGGUAUUUAUUUUCAAUCAACCUGAUAUACAAAAUAAUUCUAUUGAGUGUACGGUUUGUUUGAGCGUUCUUGAAAACGGAGAAACGGCUAGGACUUUGCCUAAUUGUAAACAUGUUUUUCAUGCUGAGUGUAUUGACAAGUGGUUCGGAUCACAUUCAACAUGCCCGAUUUGUCGGACGGAGGCAGAGCCCCGGUUAUUAUUACCGGAGCCACGAGAGGGUGUCAUAGAACGUACGACACCCUCAGCGCCACCAAUCGAGGGGGGCAACUCCAAAAAUAAUGUGGAAGGGAUUUAUUCGGAUUGUGGAUUAACACAACCUUCAACAUCAUCAUCAUCAGCUAAAAUUAGUGGAUCAAGCUCGAGAUUAAGCUCAUUUAGGAGGAUGAUUACCAGGGAAAAAUCAUCAAGAAGACUACAAGUUCAAUUUUGUGGUGUUGAAGAUGGUGUAAAUGAUCUUGAAAGACAGUGAUUAUAGUGCAUUAAUAAUUAAGUGUGAAUUAUACGAUGUUUAUUAGUUCAAAUUUGAAACUCUAUUAUGCUGUCAUUUUUGUAAUUUUCUCCCAUAUCUUGGCAUGCACUAUUGGAACUUGCUUCUUCGGAAGAUUUUUUUGGAUUAUCAAUACGAUCUGUUGUUAAUAGUA